AUGGGAAGCAUGUUAAUGAUGUUGGGACUAUGCGUCCUUCUCUUGUGGCCAUUUCCAGUUGCAUUCUCUGAGCAGUGCCACCCACACGACAAGAAGGUGCUCCUCCAAUUCAAGAAGGAACUCAACAACCCUUAUUUCUUAGCCUCCUGGAACCCAAAGGAGGAUUGCUGCACCUGGUACUGCGUCGAGUGUGACGACACAACGAACCGCAUCUACAAGCUCUUUCUAGUGUCCUCUUUUCCAGACACCAAUCUCUCCGGCCAAAUACCACCCUCGGUUGGUGACCUCCCUUACCUCGAAGACCUCACCUUCCACAAGCUCCCCAACCUCGUCGGCCCAAUUCAGCCCACCAUCGCCAAACUCACCAAACUUAAAUAUCUCAUCAUCACCAACACUGGAAUCUCAGGACCAGUACCCGACUUCCUUGCACAGCUCAAGAACCUCGAGUUGAUCAAACUCUCUUUUAACAGCCUCUCCGGCACCAUUCCCACCUCACUUUCCCAGCUUCCUAAUCUCUCCUCCCUACAGUUGGACCGGAACAAACUCACGGGCCCGAUCCCGGCCUCUUUCGGAUCCUUCAAGAAGCCCGGGCCUGAUCUCAUCCUAACCAGCUUUCCGGGCCUACUCCUUCUUCCUUGGGCAACUUAG